GUCAGACUAAAAUAUCUUCUGAAACCGUUUCGGAAACGCCAUGCGGCCUUUGUCUCCCAGGAGCUGAAGGGCGAGCGCUACCGGCUGCAGGUGGUGGUGUCGGAGCUGCGGCAUGCCUCCGCCGUCGACUACCAGACGGCGCUGGUGGCGUUCAUCAAUUGCCUCAUCAUCUCCACACCGCAGCUCAAAGCGCGCAUCGGAAUUCGAAAUGAAUUCAUCGGCCUCAAGUUAUUGCCAGUACUUAAUGACCUUCGGUGA